GAAAAUGGUUACAUUAUUUCUCCUCCUCUGGGGCAUGGUAUCAGCUAGAAUCAAGUCCACAAACCUAAGUUACAGAAUGGUUCAGCAACUUGACGGUAUAAGGAGACUGGUGAAGCUGAACGAGGGAGUGGUGGCUACUUGUAACCUGGUCCUUAUACCACAGCCUGUCAACUACAGGACAGCAGAGGAGAGCUGCAAGAGUUUUGAUAUCGGAAUGGGACCCCAACAAGGACAACUAGUAAAGAUUAAGGGUGAGACGCGGAGCUGGGCCCUGCAACUCCUGAUGGGAGUGGGACUAGAGUUGGAGUCGCAGCCGGAGGUUAUCUGGACCUCCACCAGGUGGGCCUGGACCGGACUGAGGAAGAUACAGAACCAGGUGGGCAAGGUGAAGAAGAGCGCUAGAUACACAGCUGGGGAGUGGCAGUGGGCUGAUGGCACAAUACCUGGACAUUUCAGCAACUGGAGGAGGGAACAACCGGAUCAGAAGAAAGAGAUGCUAGGAAAUAACGGAUGUGACGAGGGUCCGGCCUGCUACGAGCACUUCAUGAGAGUAGACCACCUGGGAGAGUGGGAUGACGCGUUCCAGUUCACAACACACCCCUAUAUAUGUGAGUACCAAGGCAGGUAUGUGGUAUCUGGUGAGAAGAAGAGUUGGGAGGAUGCUAAACUAGAGUGUCAUGAGGCCGGACUUCAGCUCGCUAGGAUCCGAUCUGAUCAAGAUUUGCAGGAGCUGAAGACAGCAGUAGAACACUAUCUGGGACCCCACAACCACAAAUCCGGGGACUACAGCUGGAUCUGGGUAGGAGGACAGAGAAGAAAGAAGAUUGAAGUGGAGUGGGAGUUUUCUGACUGUGAGGAUAUCGAGUGGGACAUCAGAUGGGAGCACGAUACGGAGAUCAACAAGGAGGAGAAAGAUGUCCUGACCAUGUCCAGAUGGGGAACGAUUGAUGCUGAGUUUGAAGAUGGAGAUGAGAGACCUUUUGCUUGCCAGUGCGCUGGCUCUUGAUUUUUAGUACGGACAGAUCAUUUUGAUGGUUGAUACAGCUAUAUAGAUUUAUCGCGGGGAAUGAUUACUAUCAUUCCUGGGAACUCAAUUCGCCUAAAACUGGGGACAUAGAUUCUAACUUUCUUAAUGAUUGGUGGAAAACGAGUAAUUUAAAAUAGUAACGAUGCUGAAUUUUGAACAAAUCUCGGCUAAUCCUUUUUUAGUUUACAAAUUUCUAUUGUAAAUUAUAAUCUUAUCUAUUUAUUCAACACGAAUUUCCCCAACUGCUGACUAAUUAUUCUGUAAUUUACCAAUAUUCAGCAUCCGGCAUGCAAACCUUUUGCUAGUAAUAGUAUAAAGAAUAGAAUAGAGAAUACACUAACCGAUUGUAUUGGACGCAGUUUUCCAAAGUCUCUGAGUGCCAGGAUAUUUGGCCGGGAACGGUUCUUUCCUCUUCCAAGAAGAGGACUUGAAGUGAGGCGUUAUAUGGCGUCCUGUACGUAGUGUUAUUUAGUGAACCCAAUUGUUGUAAACAAGUGUCAUCAAGCAUUCCAAAAAGUCUGAUCACCCUUUUCGCCAUCGAAAUGGCGUAAAGAAGAUCAACAGAAAUCAAAUCAUUUCAAAAAAUUGUCAAAUCGCUCACCAGUAAUCAUAAGAACAGAAGAAAACCCACUGUCGUCCAAUAUUUGUCUGAAAUCUGAGGGCUCUACGUAGCUGAAAAUAAAAUAUGUUUACAGUAAUUAACAGCACGUAAUUAACAGCACGUUACUACGUGGUAAUUAACAGCACGUUACUACGUGGUAAUUAACAGCACGUUACUACGUGGUAAUUAACAGUGCACGUUACUACGUGGUAAUUAACAGCACGUUACUACGUGGUAAUUAACAGCACGUUACUACGUGGUAAUUAACAGUACGUUACUACGUGGUAAUUAACAGCACGUUACUACGUGGUAAUUAACAGCACGUUACUACGUGGUAAUUACCAGUACGUUACUACGUGGUAAUUAACAGCACGUUACUACGUGACUUUCUUUAUGAAGAUGAAUGGUGUAUUGCACGUGUAUUCUCUUCACCAUGUAAACCGCCAGAUUGAUCUGACUCUUAAACUGGCCCUCAGUGAAAUAAGAAACUACUAAAUCUACACAUGGGCUCGAGGAACUGCUAAGUGCUUCUUUACAGCUCUUACAUCUCAGGCUACAAAUUACUCAGUGUUAUAGUUAAAGCACCUUCCUCACCUAUCUGGUGUAGACAGGUCCUCCACAAUGUGUAGUUUAUCGUAUCUGUAUUUUAUAGAUAACAGAGCCCUGAGUCCAACCUCACGUAGCUUCUUGGGUACCAUUCCUAGGAGAGACUCAAUCUCAACUC